CAAAUAUCAAUCAAACAACUGCCCGGAAGACCUGACAACUGGCAUCAUGUAUUUAAUUGCGACAAGCAUUGAAAUCAAUGCUCCUCCGGCAACGGUCAGAGAGAAGUUUCUCGACUUUUCAUCCAUCCCGACAUACUCACCCAAUGGAUUUUUCCGCUCGAUAUCACCCGUUGACCCAACUAAAUCAUCUAUCGAUCUACAACCUGGUGACAAAUUAAACGUCUGUGCAGGCUAUGGAAAGAUGAAGUUCUCGCCUGUCCUCUCAUCAAACACGCCGUCUAUGUUUAGCUGGAUCGGUUCUAUCCCAGGAAUCUUCACAGGUGAGCAUAUGUUUCGAUUCGAGGAAAUUCCAGCAUCGGGACAGGAACAGAGCCGCACAAGGUUCGUCCAUGAAGAGACGUUCACGGGUCUCCUUUCAUUCCUCAUGGGGGAGGGAUUUCUCGCCAGAUAUGUUGGUAUGGGGGAGGAUUCAAGAAAGGGGUACGCUGGGUUCAACCAUGAUCUAAAGGCUUGGAUCGAAGGAGAGCGCACGGAAUAGCGAGCUACGCCUUGUCUAAUCUGCUAUCUGCUGUCUAACAAUCUUCGUUUAUUCUCUUUCUCUGAUAUCACAUGCUGCUUUCAAGGAAGCAUCUCUUCUUGGAUCGUUCGUCGCAUGUCGUGUUUCUGUUCUUUGAUACAACCCCAGCGUUUUGUUUUCAUUUAUUGAACCAGCUUUUUUAGUUUCGCAGUUUUGUAUGAAACGUUCAUCCAUAAUAUGCCUGCGAUCAUCCAACCAUUAUAGAGAAUCCAAGAACUUGAUAGUGUU